CGCGUCCAGCCUUGCGUCUUCCUCUACAUAAACUUCUACUUCCUCAUCAUCAUCGCCAGCUAACAGUCCUACCGCACAGCCUUCUCUUCGAUGUUCCAUGCGCACGACACAAGGCGUACCACCACCUCGCUUCGAUGAUUACGUGGCUCUAGGAGUGGAUACUCUCAUUGUUCCCACAACUUUUAAACAGGCUCAUGGCAAUCCAAUCUGGGAUCGUGCAAUGAAUGAGGAAUUCUCGGCUUUAGAAGCUAAUCGCACCUGGACGGUUGUGGAUCGUCUAAAUCCAUGCCCUCCUACCAUUGGCAGUCGUUGGGUAUAUGCCAUCAAAGUACGUCUGGAUGGCUCAGUGGAGCGCAACAGAGCCCGUCUUGUAGCACUGGGAUAUACACAGGAGUAUGGGGUAGAUUACAACGAAACCUUUGCUCCUGUUGCUAAAAUGUCGAUUGUUCGAACCAUGCUUGCUGUUGCUGCUCUCCAAAACUGGCCACUUCAUCAACUCGACGUCAAGAACGCUUUUCUCCAUGGCGACUUGGAAGAGGUGAUUUACAUAGAACGACCACCGGGUUAUACUGUUGGCCAUGAGGAUCAGGUUUGCCUGCUACAUCGCUCUCUCUAUGGUCUCAAACAAGCUUCUCGAGCUUGGUUUGAGAAAUUUCAUUCUACCAUUACGCAACUGGGAUUUCAACAGAGUCUGAAUGAUCCCUCCCUCUUCACUAAAGUCACUGCAGCGGGAUUGGUUGUUCUUUUAUUUUAUGUGGAUGACAUGGUCAUCACUGGAACAUAUAUGAAGGGUAUUACUCAGCUUAAAGAUGGGUUGAAGCAAGCAUUCAACAUUAAAGAUCUUGGUACGCUUUCUUAUUUCCUUGGUCUGGAGGUCAGCCGCAAUGAUCAAGGCAUUUUACCUAGUCAACGAAAGUACAUUUAUGAUCUUCUUACUGAUCAUAACUUCGAAGACUGUAAACCUGUUAAGACUCCUAUGGAGGUCAACCUGAAGCUUCAGAAAGACUCGGGAUCUCGCCUCAAAGAUGGAUCCCAGUAUCGCAGUAUUGUCGGCAGCUUAAUUUAUCUUUCAGCCACCCGUCCUGACAUUGCUUAUGUUGUGCAGGUAGUCAGUCAGUUUAUGACCGAGCCCUGUGUUGAUCAUCCGGUUGCCGUACAUCGAAUCUUACGCUAUCUACACGGGACCUUGGACGUUGGUAUUUUGUUUCCUUCCUCUAGUACUCCUACUCUUUGUGCCUACUCUAAUUCCGAUUUUGCCGGGUGUCUUGAUACUCGUCGGUCAACCUCGGGGUGGUGUGUGCAAUUCGGUGAAGCUUAUAUAUCCUGGCGCUAUAAGAAGCAGGAUAAACUCUCAAAAUCGUCUACUGAAGCUGAAUACCGAGCGAUGUCUGAAGUUGGGUCUGAGAUUGUUUGGCUUCGCCGUCUCCUAUCCGAUUUUGGUAUCACAUGUCCUGCGCCGUUGUCCUUGAGUGUGGAUAACACUAGUGCGAUUCGUAUAGCUACCAAUCAUGUGCUCCACGACCAUACAAAGCACAUUGAAAUACAUGUGCACUACAUCAGAGAUCUAGUUCGUGAUGGGACCAUUGUUUUGCAUCAUUUACAGACCGAGGAGCAGGUAGCAGAUCUGUUUACUAAGGCAUUUUCUACGAGUCGGCAUUGGUAUCUUGGGAACAAAUUGAUGCUUCGAGAUCGGCAUCAAUUUGGGGGAGGAUGUUGACGUAUCACCUUAAUUAGGCUGCGGUUUAGUGUUUUGUGUUAGAGUUGUAGGGCCAUUCAUUCAAAGCCCACACACGUAGUCAUGUUAGCCCAUGCAAGGUUAGACGUUGAUAUGGAGAUAUCUAACCUAGGGCUCGAGAUAUAUAUAGCAGAUGUAGUGUGCAGCUGUAACUUACGAACUCGGAAUACAUCUCAGUAAACCAA